CUCUUGCUCUGCAGCACCAUUGUGUUGUUUCCUUUGCUUUAGCUGUCAGUGACAAAAUAGCUACACUUAUCUACAUUGAAGAGUUUAUUGUACUCAUAUAUUUGGCGUUUAAAUUGUAAAGAUGGAGGAAUAUCAUCCUGGAGACGAAGUGUCUUUCAGCCCAGAUGAAGCGAGUAACGUAGUUAAAGAGUGCAUUGAGGGUAUCAUUGGAGGUGUGGACUACAGCCAGAACAAAGUGAACCAGUGGACGGCCAGCAUAGUCGAACACUCUCUCACUCAGUUAGUCAAACAGGGGAAACCUUUCAAGUACAUAGUCAACUGUGCUGUGAUGCAGAAAAGUGGCGCAGGUCUUCACACAGCCAACUCUUGUUACUGGGACACUACCACUGACGGAAGCUGCACGGUUAGGUGGGAGAACCGCACCAUGUACUGUGUUGUCAGUGUGUUUGCUGUGGCUAUUGUCCUAUAAGCAGGAACCAGGGCUGAGACAUGAACACAUACACAGACGGGCCAAAUCAUUUUUACAAAGAUAACAUCCUGAAGUCUGUUUUGAAGCCACAAGGGACCUAAACCAAUUUCUGUUUUCGCUUUAAUACGAAGUUGAAAUUGUAUUACUUGCGCUUGUCUAUCAUACAAACAUUUUACCUGUAGUUGCCAUUUUACUUUGACUUACUUGUAACAUGCACCUUUGCUCUGUAUAGAAUGAAUUGAAAAUAUGUUGUUGCUUAAUUAUUAAAGUUGACUUGGAUUUAAUAAUUCAGUGUAAAGAGAAUAUAUGAGAAUGGUUUAGUCCUGGUUAAAACUAAUGAUCACAUCAGAAAAUAUAUUUAAACAACACAACAUCCAGGGGAAAUUCACAAGCAAUGCGAACAUGCCACAUCGCAUCAAACUACACGAUUUAUAGAAACAAAGUAUUUUCCUCUUUUCUAAAGUUUAAAAUGAGCACUUAAAUUGGUUUUAGUACAGAUAUGAAAUGAAACAACUACAUGCACUGAUGCCUUCUAAGGAACAUACACAAAUCAUAUCUAUACAUUUCAUGCAGAAUUGUACAAAGGUUGAAAACUUUUAGCAGGAACUUUAUCAUUUGUUUCUCCUUUUAAUAAACCUAUUGUCUUGUA